CUUUAUAAAGGAAUUUUGUAAAGAGGGAAAUGGCUAGAUCUCAUUCUCUGGCAUAUCCAUGGUCUGUCUACUAUUUCUAAGGUUUUGUGCCAAUCAAUCACCUUCAAACUUACCACUAGUACUUAUUGCAUCCUAUAAAGCUUCUCAUUCUAUAUCCUUAAUUUUAGGACUCCUACAACCAACUAUGAAGAGAAGAAUAAUGUGUUACAUUCUGUUUCUAACGCCUUUGUUGUUUUUUGGUGAUGCAAAUCAACAAGCACUCUCCUUCAAAGUUGUUCCGACAACUAGAAUACAAGAUGUUCCAACAACUAAUUUUGAGACUACACAAAAUGAAGAAGCUUUGAGUAGGAUUGGGUCAAGACCACCAAGAUGUGAACACAAAUGUGGAGAAUGCAUUCCAUGUAACCCAAUUCAGAUUAUUCAUAACAACAAACAACAACAUCUUCAAUAUACCAAUUACGAGCCUGAAGGAUGGAAAUGCAAGUGUGGCACUUCUUACUUCAACCCCUAAAUCAUUAAUUUAAUAUUCCUAGUGAUUUUUGUGUAUAAGAAGAAGUGGUAUAUAUUGUAACCCUCAAUUUUGUUAGUUAAUUAAAUGAACAAUAUUUUAUGUUGAAACAAGUCCCUAUUGAUUGCUUGCA